AUGGACAAAAAUCCAGAAGUUGUUGAUACUGCAGUUGAUGAAGCACGUGCACGUGUUUGGAGACCAUGGAAUGAAUCAUUAUUCGGCUGUUUUAGUGAUAUUAAGACAUGUUGUUGUGGAUUCUGCUGUCUACCAUGUUUAUUUGGUCAAAAUGCUCAAAAAAUCGAUGGUAGUAGUUGUGUAGGUUGUUGUCUUGCAUAUUGGAUAACAGGCGCCUGCUCUUUAUGUUGGGUACCACAUAUGAUAAAACGAAAAGUACUACGUGAAAAGUAUCUUUUGAAACCAGACCCAUGUCAUGAUUGCCUUGUCGCUGCUUGUUGUGGACCAUGUGGUGUUUGUCAAGAGGCUCGUGAAUUGAAGAGCAGAAGUGUAACACAUGGUCGUCAUCCCGUACGUGUUCAACAACCAGUAGCAUAUCGAAGAUAA